CUCUGCGUUGGUCACUUUUUUCAUUAGACUUGAGCAGGGACAUAAAUACUUCGAGUUGUCGCCUGUUGCUUCGUUUUGCCCCGUAGACACUCUGAGCAAUGGACCGCUGCUCGAGUCGACGCAAAGUGGCUGCCUUGGUUUUACUGUCAUCGUUCGUCUAAAAGACAAGUUGCUUGGUUCGAGUCUACAAGAGGCAAGCAUGUGGUCCUCGGUCGGGAACUACGCCACUCGUUUUCUGGCGACUAUCGGCGCAAGAUGGGCAAAGCCGGCCGAGCCUCGUACAGAGGUCGUCGCGGACGAGGUUGUCCUUCCUGCGUUCCAUGAGGCUCAGUUCAUGCCCCUCAUCGUUGCAAACGACAGCGGUUCCGUGGCCAGUGGCCCCGCUUACCCCAUGUCGCCAGCAAAGCGCCAGUCUUGCGACCCAGGCUGGGGUUACUGCUCAUCAUUCGGCCGGUGUUGUCCCUCCAACAACAGGUGCUGCAGAAACGGCUUCUGUCUCCCGCCCGGGAGCGUCUGCUGUCCCAGCGGCACCUGCCCGUCAGGGCAAACCUGCUGCGAGAACAACAACUGCCACCCCAUCGGCAGCGAGUGCUGCAGAAACGGCGAAUACUGCGAAGCCGGUAACAUCUGCGUGAUCCUAUUUGACGAUAACCGCAUGGUAUGCUGCACCGAUCUGCGGUGCACAGCACACGUCGAGAAUGGCAGGACAACUUAUGCCUCUACGACGACGAGGUUCACGACCCGGCCGGUGCGUACGACGACGACCCGUCGCACGGCGACGCGGAUUCAGACACGUACUUAUUACUAUACCGUCACCUGGACAUAUUACUACUACUACUGGACGUACUACAUUUCCAUUCGGGCAUCCGUUGUGACAUCUUCGGCUCGUACGACGCGGACGACUGUCAGGGUGUUCGCAACGGACUCGGCCGACGCAAGGCAGUCCUUCGAGGCCAUGACGCCCACGGUAACGUUCUCGACCCCCGCGGCCGCUACGUCGCUGGCCUCCUUGGAGGGAAUCACCUCGUUCGACCCGGGUUUCGGGUCGUCUUCCGAAUCGUCUUCCGAGUCGUCUUCCGAGCCGUCUUCCGAGUCCUCGAGUACGACAUCUGAGCAAACCCUCACUCCCACCACAGGCCAACUUCCGCCUCCUCCGCCUCCUCCGCCUCUUCCGAGUGGAGAAGGCGUAGGCGUUAGUGGUGCAACCACCGCGAGGGGAAGUGGGCAUUGGCUCCCUAUCUGCCUUGCGUCGGUCGGGCUAGGUAUAGGAAUCAUGGCUGUAUGGUUGUAGAGUUGAUGUACGAGGACGAGUCGUGAUGGAAGAUGAGCCCGAGUUCGCAACGGUCCACGGAUUUCUCGUAUCUCUUAGGCCCCAGAAGGUCCCUAUAUGAAAAGGGGGAGUCUUCAAGUUGGGUGUGAUGAUCGUAGAUGCUUGUGCGAGCGUGGCGGUUGGCUGAUGCAAAUUUACCACCCAAUUCUGGCCAAAUGAGUAACUUUGAAGAUCUUAUUUCAUGCAUUGUCUCAAAGAAUGGUGCGAACGAGCUAGGCCACCAUCACCGGCUGUUCGAGGGUCGGCGACUCGGACGCGGCUGGGUCGCAUCCCCAGUCGGGGAUGGGAUCCUGGCGCCUGACAUGGACCUCCAUCGCGAUGGGUGUGAGCGAAGUAGGAUGAACGAUGCCUUUCGGCCUCCGUCCGGGGCGCCGUUUGUGGUUGUUACGGAGGCGGCCGUCAACCGGCAACGCGAACGGGAUCUCGUCUGGCAAAACAGUCGGAAAAGCCUUUG